UAAUUGUCCAUCGCAAUACCAGAUCUCCUCUCAGUACCAGAUCGCCAGACGAAGAGCAACCUGCGCACUGAACCCUUUUUUUUUAUCUGGGUUUGUUGAUUGGUUUUAAUUUCUGAGAAAAUUUGUUGAAGAUGUACGCUGCUUUCUGUACAUUCUUUUUUGGUCAUUAAUUGGGUAUGAAUGCUGCAGGGUGAAUAUUGAUUCAGAGAAGAUUUGUUGAGGUUUCUUUCAGAUCUGAGAACACCUCUCAGAAACUGAGGUUUGAUAACUCAAAAACCCUAACCGCAGAAUUUUUGGUUGCUGGUAUUGUUUUCUUCAAUAUUUGAGAUGGAGAAGUUGAUUUAUAUUCACGUUUUGAGGUUGGGAGAAUCUUUGUAUGAAUCAGAUGAUGUAGAUAGUGGCUAUAGGGACGCAAUAAACGAUUGGUAUUUGUUGAAACAAACCGAUGGUAAUAAUGGUGUUGAGAUUCAAUUCUCGAGAGUUUUCGAGGAUAUAAAUCAAGUUAACCACCCAGGUCCUGCACUUGUGGACGCCGAUUGUGCAGUUAUUGGUUCUUCUAUUUACGUCAUCGGUGGCCGCAGUAACCUGACUGACAUAUUUUUGGUGCGCUGUGGCGGUGAUGGCUGCAAGUAGAUACGGUGUCUAGACACGAGAAAUGCUAGAGAUGGUUGGAAGACUUGUUUUGCUUUGCCAUUCGCUUUCAGUGGAGGUAGAUCUACUGUUGUUGACGGUCGUUGGUUGUAUCUGUUUGCUGGUAAUCGCCAUGAUGGUCUUCGCAACCCGGACGCUUGGGGUUUUGCUUUGAAUGUUGUUGACAGCAACGAAGGUGAAGUCGAGGUAAGAAAGAUAAUCAAACCGCAUUUAUCUCGUUUUUAUCCAAUUGCUUCAGCAUCUUUGUCCCCAGGUACACUCAUUGCCUAUAUGGGGGAUGAACGCAAUUUGUAUCAAUUAGAUUGCUCAAAUGGCUCUUGGAGUGUCUACCAGAAGGACUUACCUUAUGGUUCUUAUCCGUUUCUCGGUUGCAUCACACUUUCAGAUGAUGGAAUUCUUUAUACGUACGAUACUAUACACAUGCGCUUGGAUUCCUAUGAUGUUGCAAACAGAAAAGAACUUUGUUCGGUUGAUCUUCCCCGAUCCUUUUGGUUUGGUCAUGAGGAAGAUGUCGAGCUCAUUGUCCUUGCUAAGGACAGGUUCUGCGUUAUAUGGCAUGAUAAUGGUUAUGAUGUCAAUGAAAUAUGCAUUUAUUAUACUAGAUUCUCAGUUUCUUAUGAUCUACCUAAGCCCACUGCCACUCUUGAGGAUAACAGGGCUUUUCCAAUCAGAGGCGUCGAAAUACUCAAUAUUGUAACUCUGUGUUUUUAUGUGGUUCUAGAAUCAAAUAUGAGUUUGAAAGAGAUUUAGAGGUCAAAAAGUGAAGAAUACAGGGCCAGAAGCAGUACACGGGCCAUGUAACCUACCCCAUGUAACUUCUUGGACCUCGUGCAACUCUCUGGACUGAAGAAAACUUGAAAAACAAAGUGGCAGAGAGUUACAUGGGGCGUGUAUCACUACACGGCCCGUGUAAAGUCCCCUGACAGCAAUUCUGAUGCGACUUUUCUUGCUUCCAACACGACCCGGAUGGACUCCUAAUGCUUGUAGGACUCUGAAAUUAG